AUGUUGUGGUUAGAUCACGACCAAGAGCUGGAUUGGGAUGCUUGGGGGCCUGACUUUGGGCCGCAGAAGAUGGGGCUCGAAGAUGAUAGACACCCUUUCACGACCGAGGUGGAUGGAUCCAUUGUCCAUCUAGUAGAUGCCGCCUUGAGGAGAGACGAAGUCGAUGUGUGGGAAUUCAGCUCCAUUCGCAAUCUUGACCAUUUUCAAGAGAUGCUUCGCUCAAUACUACCGGAGAUGCUGAGGUAUUCUAGUGCAUCGGGCGUGCUUGGCCACCUACGUGGCCUCGCCUUUGAUGGCUGCGAGCACUUGGACAUGGUCGACUUCACGAGCUUAUCAGCCGAGGAUGUUGACGCAGCCCUCGACACCAAGGAACUGGGCGGAGUCAAGGAAAUCAGCCUUUCUGCCGAGAUGCUCAAUACAACUGGUACUGGUACCAGCACACCUACUAAUCUUACAGAUACUCUCGCACAAUGCUCGAAUAUUGGGAAUAUCUACGUCAUGUGCAAGCCAGAACUAGGGCGAGACCGCAGACUUGCUAAACAACGACAAAGCGUUGAUUUUUUAGCCAAGUUACUGAGCAAGAUGGAGGAGAUUUCAGGCUCAGUCUUCCUAUCUGCCAUGUAUCAGGCCGCUAUAUGCAAGACAUUAUGGUUUCCAGAGCACUAUCAUCUGUCGUACAACCGCUUCCCCGUUAGAAACGUCUUCUACCGCACACAGCUCAGUCCCUACGACCCGGCAACAUAUGACUUUGGGUAUUUCAGGAUGGACCAUAUGCUCCUUGGCCCAGAGUCUUUUGUGGCCAGAUUUAUAAGCUGUCUGCGUCAUCCUGACUUCCACAUGGCCGGCAUGGCAUACCAGACAAGCUGGCAGACUUGUCUCAACUCGACGUCCGUCCUCUGCCCAUUGGAGGCUGUGCUCACCCACAACGCUUUCUAG